CCGACAUACCGUUCUGUCGAUCCGGUGAGUUUGUCUUCCAUACGGCACUAUUAUGUAAGGCUAUGCUAUGAUGGUACGUGGAUUUUACACACGAGUAGAGGUGGGCAGCGCUAUACACCAAGUGAAGAAAGAGAGGCAGCACCAUGAGGAGCGGAUCGGCAGUAAACUACGGAAGUAGAGCGGGAAGUGGGAACGACAAGAGACAAUGUCUAACUCAGGGAGACAAACACAUUCAUCUGUGACAUCUACAGUAAACUCACAUGACGGCCCGCGCGACUUGGAUUAAUAGUUUUGACUGAUGUUGGACUUCUGUGCCGGAUGUUUGUACGUCAUCAAAGGAAGCGCAUCCUCAUUAGACACGCUUUUCCCAGAAUUAUCUGAUACCAGGGGGAAACGGAGCAGGUACUUAAUGAAUUGAAUGAGAAGAGCCAUUCAUACGCUGCUACUUCUCUCCCCACCUGACUAUCAGUCAUAGACAUAGGGGCACCGGAAAGCACGUCUUCGCAGUUCUGUCAGAGUAACACAGACUUGUGACAGUGUAAAGUGGGGGACUCCGAGAAGAAUCAUGACGACAAUCGUCAGUAUGUCGGACUACAACACGACCCAGGCCCUGCUGGUCCCCGAGACGCACGAUGUGCGGACAGUCCAGCCGGGAACAAACGACACGAACGGCAGUUCAGGGUGCACGGAGGCGUACCUCGGCUCGCAGUACUCUCUGGUUAUACAGAUUCUCCUGUCCUGUUUUCUUGCGCUGGUCAUCCUGCUGACCAUCGUGGGGAACAUACUGGUCAUCAGCACCGUGGCUCUGUUCAGGUCACUCCGGUCACUCACCAACUACUUCGUGGUGUCCCUCGCGGUCGCUGACCUGCUGGUCGGGGUGAUCGUGAUGACGCUGGGGACGCAGUACGAGGUGUCGGGUAGAUGGCGUCACGGUGAGAUCUUCUGUCUGGUCUUCACGUCCAUGGACAUCUCCCUCACCACCUGCUCCAUCAUGCACCUGUCCUGCAUCGCGUUCGACCGCUACUACGCCAUUUGUCACCCCUUCAAGUACCCCACCAAGAUGUCCCACCGCAAGAUGGUGCUGAUGAUCGCGCUGUGCUGGAUCGUGCCCGUGAUCAUGGCGUACGUCCCCAUCAUGAACCGGUGGAACACCAUCGGGAUCGAGCCGGUGGUCGAGGACACCAAAUGCGCGCUGGGACCGGACAGCUGCGUCUUCUUGGUCAACAAGGAGUUCUCCCUCAUAGCCUCCACGCUCAGCUUCUAUCUACCUGCUGUCAUGAUGACGCUGGCGUAUUAUCAAGUUUACCGCGCGGCCAGGAGACAGAUGCAACAGAUCAUCAGCCUAGAACGAGCCAUGAACAAUAACGAGAACAUGCGGAGAGAGAAAAAAGCAGCCAAGACACUUGGCAUCAUUAUGGGCUGCUUCCUCGUGUGUUGGACGCCUUUCUUCGUGGCGAACAUAGUAGAACCGCUGUGUGGGUACUGCAUAACAAACUCCUGUGAGCUGUGCUUGAAGUUUUUUUUAUGGCUGGGGUACAUCAACUCCACGCUCAACCCCAUGAUUUAUGCGUUCUUCAACAGAAGUUUCCGGCGGGCCUUUAAGAGAAUCCUGUCUUGCUGGUCGUGCUGUGACGUGGACAACAGAGAUUUCGACCCUGCCGUGUCCACGGCGCUCCAGACAAGAACGAGCAGACGGCACCAAAACGGCGAGGUGGUCAACAACACGUGAUCCUGUCCAACCGGAGUUACACAACCUCUCACUGUCAGGGUCUAAUUGGACCUCCACACCGCGAGAUCUCUCGGCCCUCUGACUGGAGAGAACCAUUCCCAGAACUGCCAAUAGGAGCUUAAGACCUUAUAACUCUGAAGCACAGGAUUGUCACUAUGGAAACCAGUCCCCACGGCUAGUCUCCAACACGGUAAUAGACAGUUCUCAGUUUGCAAUAAGUGGUCCAUGUUAGCACAUAUCCAUAAAUCAACAUGUUUAAUAUGUUCCCAAUGCUCCUGGCCUAGACAUGCUAGAGGUGAUGUUCUUCAAGCCUCUAGGGUCUGACCAAUGGCAAAGCUGCUAGAAGCAUGAUGUAGUCAGACUAGUGAUCCUGUCCUACAUCAGAAUAAGACAACACAAAUGUUCAAGGCUGCAUUGUUUUCCAACCUUGGAAGAACUAUUAGUAUUCGAAAAGUGAACAAGGGCUUCCCCAAGGUGACCAUACCCUAAGCUUCACAGGACGGACUGCGUAUAAAACUAAAAGAGCCCCUCAGGGGUGACGACUGGAUUGCCAACAUAUUACUAUGUAAUGUAUAAUCUCUGACUGGGGUGCAACAGCAAGCAGAUGUAAUAUAUAGGUCAGUGGAAUUCUGUACCCAAAUGUAGCAUUUGCAAAUCCGAAGAAUUUGGAUGUGCGCCAAUAACGUCCAGCGAUACUAGUAAAAACUGCAGGCGAUGUAAUCUCGUGUCACAGUCGUGUGUGACUCAAUGUGCUGUGGUGGCAGCCCCCUAUCGGUACAAUGCUGUGUUGCAACUACUCCAUUGUGUUGUCCUCACGCCACCUACACUAUUGUAGAUAAACCGCACGUUCAAUACAAAGAGCAUAUGUUAAUAAAAGUUUCUAGUUUGCGUAAGAAAUAGUACCAAAGUACCAGGUAUUUUACUUUGUAUUAGUGUCCAAUCACGAUAUUACUCCAGCUUGAGCCGAAAGCGAUUUAUAUGUACCAGAAAUCUUGCCAUGUUUCACUGUAUACAGAUGAAUGUUGACAAUAACAUGUCCAAGUGAAGAAUCAGUUCGUGAGAUCGUAAUUGACUACUGAUAAAUAAAGAACAUACCGUUUAUAUGGCUGGACCAUUGAUUGUACGUGAACUGUGGUGUGUAUGCUGUGUACGUGGCAGCAGACUUUGAUCUUCACGGAAAUGAUGUCUGUAUUUAUUCCACACUCGUGUAUUUGUAAAGAACUGGAUAUAAUGUCCAUCAUGUACACAAUAAUCAUGAAAUAUAAUCAUGG